AUGCACCACACCAACCCCCAGAUCCCAAAGGCAGGAGCUACACUAAGUAGCAUGCACUGCGCUAACCCCCAGAUCCCAACAACAGGCGCUGCUGAAAAAAGAACAAAUAAUGUUAGUAAACUAAGAGGAAAGAGAAUGGACAAACUAGAGUUAGUAAUUGGGAAUGGCAGCAAGGUAGCGCGCCAACUCCCAGAUCCAAACAAAAGACACUAUGAAAAAACAAAAUCAGCUGACAGUGUAAAGGGAGGGGUGCAAGCGGUGAAGAAAGGGAAAGGAGGAAGGAAAGAUGAACCGUGGGAAGUUGAACUUAGAGUAGAUAAAUGUGUCAGUUUUGUGUAUCGGUUUCUGUUCCAAUGCCUUUUGCUGGAACACAGGUAUCUCAUCGAGAACCACAGUCGCUAUCUGUUCCGGUGCCGUUUGCCGGUCCAUAACAUCCGCUAUCAGUUCCCACACUUCGUGGCAUAUGGCCCGCACCAAGAAUACAGCAAAAAAAGGCCACUGGCGGCUCGCGUCAACCUGGACUUAGACGGUGCCAGCAACGCGUUGGUUGUGAUGGAGCCGAGGUUAGCAGUAUGUGAGGGGUUCAAACACAAUGAGUUCUGUAUCAUUUGCAGGGACGGUUCUGUUGAGGACAACUAUCUCCUCUUGUGCGACGAAUGUCCACGUGUCGUCUGCACCAAUUGCGUCAUGGUACCCCCAGCCUUCACACAGGCCAUCAUGUCACCACAUGUGACCUUCCGGUGCAUCUGCUGUCACAUCUCAGGACAACACCGACCUGACGGUAGCUUGUCAGUAUACCAUGGCUUCUAUAGAAACCAGAAGCCGCUACUCGACACCUUCCUCCCAAUCCACGCCACCCUCGAAUUAUCUGUCCGGGCGCAAAUCUCCUCUGAGUCCCUGCUCUUUGUUCAUCUCAUCCUGACAGAUUACGAUACUGCGGGAGGGGCAUUCAAACUGGCCUACCAUUUUUUGAAGCCUUAUUUUCCCAACGGUGGCUUAGUGUACCAGGAGGUAAUGUUUGAUGUUGGUACAGUCUCUAAGGUCAAGACAUACCAAGCGAGCGUCGACGAUUUGGUGCGCACCCUAUCAACUAACAACUGGAAGCGCGUUGUGUUUGGUAUAUCCAACCACACCGACAACACACAUGGAGACCCGUUUGUAGGCUAUGACAAAAAUAAAUAUGUCGCCACUCCGGUUGACAAUUUUUUGAACAUUAUCCUUGCGCCUUGGCAGGUCCUUGUUGAUCAUGCGGCUGAGUCAUUCCUGUGGUUCUUCUCCUGUGGUGCGCUUGUCAACAAUGCUGAGUCAUUUUCUAAGUUGCGCGUUUCAGUCGCCCGUCAUGGUCUUUCCGCAGCUGUUGCCUUCGAUGCAGUCCGGUUCCAACCAAAUUUUGCCGCCCAUCUCUUGCUUCUUCAGUGA